AUGUCACCACCAAUAAUUCCAUUACAUUCAUCAUCAGGAUUAGUAUCAAGUAGACUACCAAUUAAUCAUCAAAGAGCUGAUUCAUCCGAUCAAUUCUCUAAAUUAUUGAGACAACAGGUUGGUGUUACUUCAAAUAAUAGUGGUAGUGUUGGUAAAAGUAGUAGUAGUGUACCAUCAUCCGACAAUAACAAUAAUAACCAACAAGCACCACAAAUGAUUCCAGUCAUUAAUAGUCCACCACAAAUGAUCAUUCCAACAUUUUCUCAUAGUCCAUCACAAGGAUCACCACGUGUAGCUCAAGGAUCACCACGCGUUGGAACACCUAAUCCAACACAUCAACAUCAACAUCAACAUCAACAUCAACAUAGUUAUUCAAAUAUGGCACCAUCACAAUCACACACACCACCACCACCACAAAAUCAACCACAACCUCACAUACCACCACCACCACAACAUCAACCACCACAACAAAAUAAUAAUAAUAAUAAUAAUAAUAAUAAUAAUAAUAAUAAUAAUAAUAAUAAUAAUAAUAAUAAUAAUAAUAAUAAUAAUAAUAAUAAUAAUAAUAAUAAUAAUAAAACUACACCAACUUUAUUCCAACCAACUCAAAAGAAUAUUGGUAGAUCCGAUGCUGAUUUUAGUUUACUAUUGAAAUCUUUAAUGACUCAAGGUGAUAUGAUUGCUGCUCAUCAAUUUGCUUUGGAUAAUGAGUUAUGGUUUCAUUCUUUAGUUUUAGCUCAUCAAUUAGGUGCUGAAGUUUAUGGCUGUACAAUGCAAGUUCCUCAUUACCAACUGGUUCACCAUUAA